GCUGGAGACGGCAAGAGACAGAGCUUGGCACAUAGACAGCAGAGAGAGAAAGAGAGGGGUGGGUGCACACUUCCCCACUCCCCUCCUCUCUUCUCUGCCUCUAGCUUUAAAAAGUGACAUUGCUUUGAAGACAAAGAGACGGGGUCGGUACUGUAUUAUGUCCAAAGUGGACUGAGGGAUCAGCACCCAGGGAGAAAGAGAGAGCAGCAGUCAGCUGAGGACUCGAGCCAUCAACCAUGAACGACAUCAAGCUGGCCUUGCUCGGCAGUCCGGGCGCUGGGAAGUCAGCGGUCCUGGUGCGCUUCCUGACCAGACGGUUCAUCGGCGAGUAUGCGUCCAAUGCCAACUCCCUGUAUCAUAAGAGGCUGUCAAUUGAUGGAAGACAACUGAACCUGGAGGUCUUUGACCCUUGCUCAGAGAACUCUGAAGCUCGCUGCAUUCUGGAGGAGCCAGUGGACUGGGCAGACGGCUUUGUGGUGGUCUACAAUAUCAGCGACCGCACCUCCUUCACUACUGCCAAGAACAUCUUGCACCAGAUUCGUGAGGCUCGGGCAGAAAAUUGCAAAGGUGAGCUGGGUGUUCCUGUCUGUCUGGUGGGGAACAAGCAGGACCUUUGCCACAUCCGACAGGUUGAUGAGGAUGAGGGCCGCUGCCUUGCUCAAGAGAAUCACUGCAACUUCCAGGAGGUGUCUGCGGCCGAGAGCUUCCAGGACAUCGCCGCCCUCUUCACGCAGCUCAUCCGGCAGGUCAUGGAGCACCUGAAGUACCGGGCUGACAGACGCCGCUACAGCGGCUCCAAGUCCAUGGCCAAGCUCAUCAACAACGUGUUUGGCAAGAGGAGGAAGUCCGUGUGAGGCUUUGAUGUUCUGACUCUCCUGCUUUGACCCUCAGCACAGACUGUUUCAGCGCUGAUGGAAAUGAUUUAUUUUUGUAGCAGCUGUAGCCGUUUGCAAUGAACCAUCAUCUGCCCAUGCUGGAGCGCAAACAUGUUCCUCCUCACUGCUGCUGAUGUUUUUGGUGUAGUUCACUCCCAACUGCAACAAACACACAUUGCACAUUCAGGACACAACAUUUCCAGAGACCUAAAUGCAGCAUUGGUGAGAAAAAUGAUGGGCAGUGUUACAACACAUUAUACAGGAGAACAGAGAUGUUAUUAGGGAGCAGAACAGUUCAAUAAGGUGAGCACUGUUUUUAUCUCUCUGGACCUUUCUGUGAAACACACAACAUGAAAAGAUUUCAUUGUUUGUAUCUGACAUUUAUAUCUGUAUUACAUGAUGCAAAUACAUAAAUAAAAGUACACUACAACUAAAGACAGACUGCCUGACCCUUGUCAGCAUGAUAGAAUGCUGCAGCUAACAUCGACCUUGCAACAUACAUGCGACAGUGCAGUGAGAACUGGUGGUAGGUUGCCUGUGUUUAGGCCAAGACUCUCAGAGGGAGCCAUACAUCAGCAUUUUCAUGGAUGUGAUCAUCAGCCAUACGUUAAUUCAAACACACAGAUUAAGUGCUGUUAAAAGCAUAUCCUGUCAGGUUAAGACAUUUGAUUGGUCUGAACAGUGAACAGGAAGCACUGAAAUAUAAAAAGAAAAAUCUUUUAUUUGACUGUUGAGAUCAGAGGAAAACACAGCUCAGGGGUCACAUGGAGCA